AUGGAUGAAGAAACUGUCGAAGAGCAAGGUAAUUUCAUUUUUUAAUAUUGAAAAAAAUUCAGCAAAAUUUCAGUAAUCGACGAGGAACAGAUUGUUGAACACCAAGAAGUUUUAGAAGAAGUUGUUACAACGGAAGAGGUUUGUUAAAGUUGUUUCCCUAUUUUCUCCAGAAUUAUACGUAUCUAUUUCAGGUUUUUAAUGAGAAUGGUGAAAUUGUGCAAUAUGAAGAUAUCGUGGUUUACGAUGAGGCAAAUCAGGAAAUUGUUGAAGAAGAAUAUGUUGAUUUACACGAACUUCCAGAAGGAGAAGAAUAUACUUAUAUGAUAACAGAUGAAAAUGGACAAACAAGAUAUAUACCAGAAACAGAAAUGAGACAAUUAGUUGAUUCUGGUCAAGUUCUUGAAAGUGUUGUCGAAGAAGAUGUUACUUUAAAAGAUGAAAAGGAUAUUGUAUCCGAACAAGGACCAAGUCAACCAAGACCCAGAACAAAGAAAACAACGAGAGAAGUUUACAGUUAGUUCAAUUUUUAUUCAUUUCAGCAUAUAAACAAUUACAAUUUAUAACAGAACGAUCUCGAAUGUUUGAAGACAUGUAUGCGAGUAAAACUCCAACUCUUCGCGAUCUCGUCGAAACAAUCACUGAAAAUACCUCAAAAAAUGUUGUGUAUAUGGAUGAUGGAGCAUAUUAUGAUGAUCAUGGAAAUAUGUUAGUAUCAGAUAGAAGAGGUUUGGGACAAGUUGGACCAAAACGAGCGAAAUUGAGUGAUAUGGCCAAAGUUGACGUUGAAAAACAUAUACAUCAACCGAAUAUUGUUUUUCGAUCUCCAAUAGAGAGACCAACACAUAAAACAACAGUUCCAUAUUUUGGUCCAAACACUGAAAAACGAAGGAAACUUAUUCAUCCACUUAGUAUUGAAGAGAUCAAAGACACAGUUAUCACAUUGAAACCACAACCAACUCCAGUUGAUUCAAUUGAUGCAUCACAAUAUCAAUAUAGAUGUCCAGAAUGUGAAGAAGUUCAUAAUUCUCUUGACAAACUAUGUUCUCAUCUUGCAAGUCUUCAUGAUGUACCAGCACAAAUUCAACAAACCGAAAUGUACGAUGACAGCGAAUUCAACAAAUUCUUAAUGUCCAUUGAAAAAUCGGGAUGUACUGCAGAAGAAUUAGAGCAGAGAUUUGAUAAGAAAAAAUCGAAACAAGGAAUGUCUCAAUUUUUCCGUUGUAAUUAUAUGUUCAAAUCAAGAGAAACAAAUUACGCUGAAAUGGUCGAUUUUCAACCAACUCAAACGAAUGAAGUUGAAGAAACAUGUCCAGCAUUUGUUUUAAAAGUACAAACAUAGUAAGUUUUAUUAUUUAAAAUAUAUACAUUUCCGUUUGAUUUUCUCUAAUAAUUAAUUAAUUUUUCAGUGAUAGUCUUCGUGUUCGUUAUUGUGAUUUACAUGUUCAUGCUGAUGCAAAUGUUGGUUUUCGAGUUCCAAUUGCAAUUAAAAGACGACUCAUGGAAUGGUUAUAUAAAAGAAUACCAAUUCCUGUUAUGCAAAUGUUAUUGAUUAGUGAAGUUGAUAAAAUGAGUCACGGUGGAAAAGUUGAACAACAAUUAAGAGAUCUCUCAACAACUGUAAGAUUCAUCAUUAAUUUUAUAACAUUUUAUUUUUUUCAAUUUUUUAGCAACUUGCUACUCUUCUCUCAAAAAUUCACAAUAAUUUCACGUUAUAUGAAAAACUUCGACAUCAGCAUAUCAAUCCAGACGAUAUUUCGAAUGAUUCAAGAGAUCAUGUUAUUUAUGCAGAAGAAAUUUUGAUGAAACCACAUCAUGUUGAACUUGAAGAAGAAGAGGAUAAACGAAAGAAUUUGCAUAAAAUUGAAGUUGAAGUAGAAAUAGAUCAGCAAGCGAAAAGUUCGACAGAUGUGCUUGAAGCUCAUGAAACAAUGGAAGAAGAAGUUGAAGCUGCACCAAUUUUAGAAAGAGUUGAUCCAAAUACUCAGGAAUUGAUACAACCAAAAGUAUCGAAUGAGCCAAUUUUGGAAUGUGAAGAAGAACAACCAGCCACUUAUGACGAAUGUUUGACUAUGUCGAUACCUGAAAAUUUAUGUAAGUUCAUAAUUUUUCAAAACAUAUUUUGAAAAUUUGUUUUUUUUUCAGUGUAUGAUCCGGAAGUUGGAAAUGAUGUUGUUAUUGAUGAAGUCAGUGAAAUUGAAUUGAAAUUUUUGGAAGCUUACGAAUCGGAUGCGCAGAUUGCAUUGACGGAUAAACAACAGGUUGAUCGAAAUCGGCGGAAACUUCAAUUUUUACAAAAUGCUGUGAUGCAACAUUUUUCGAAUAUUGAUUCAUUGACACAUGGAAUGACACAUAAUGAUCAUCCAAUCGAAGUAAUUGAUGAAUUACGAGAAUGUGCAACAAAUGUACUUGAAGCGAUUUGUGGAAUUGAGGCUGAAAUACGAGCAAGUGCAUUUGUUUCAUUGCCAGUUGAAGCUAUUAAAAGUGAUUUGAUUGCAUCAGUUUCGAGUAAAGAAAGGAGAUAUGUAACAUCUGAAAAAUUGGGAGGAGGAAGAAGAAGACCGCAUAUGACACCUUUGAUGGAAGCUGAAUUGAAACAACAUCAACAACAAAGACAACAAGAAAUUGAUGAAGUUGAAAAUGCAAUUAUUGAAGAAGAUAUAUAUUCGAGAGUUACUGCAAUGGCACCACCACAUCGAUCGAUGGGAAUAAAUUCAUCUGGAACAUUUUCAUUGGAAAAAGCUGAGGUUCCGAAACAAAGUGAGCUAACAGUUCGAGAAGUUGUGAUGAUGGAAGCUGGAAGAACACCAAAACCAUGGUAUAAAUAUUCGCAGAGAAAGUUAGUUUGAAAAGGGAGUGAAAAAUGUAAUAUUUUAAAAAUUAAAAAACAAAUUGUUAAAUUCGAAUAAAAAAAUCCUUCAAAAAGAUUGCUAUAACUUCUUCCUAAACACUAUUUUUUUGUAGAUCGGAUGUUGUGACAACUCGACCAGUUCUGGAAGUUCCACAAAGUCGAGCAGUUACAGUUGAUAUUAAUUCCUUCACUCAAAUUACGAAUAAAGCAACACAAGAUGUCAAAAAACGUGGAAGAAAACGAAAAGAUCCAUUAUCACACGGUAUUCCAGAAGAAACAAAUCAAAUAACUCAAAUAACAACUGAUGAUAAUGUACCAAAUGCAAUUGCAAUGGGAGUUGGACAUGAGGUUACUGUAUCAACUGAAGAAGAUGAAGGAGAAGGAACAACUCGAUUUAUUGAAAGGCUUGAACCGAAAACUGAACUUAUUGAGGAAAGAAGAGAAGAAAUUAUUGAGGAAGAAGUUAUUGAAGAAGGAAUUAUUGUUGAACAAGAUGAUGACGUUGGAAUUGCAGUUGAACACAAAAAAGUGGAAGAGGUAAUUUCAUACUUUUUAUUUUUUUUAAUUAAAAUCUCAAUCUAUUUUUCAGCCCCCUAUAAAACAAGAAGAUGUUCUUGUUACUCCUACAGUAACCCGAACUGGUAGGGUUGUUAAAAUGAAAAAAUGGAAUGAUUGA